CACCAACUUCCCCGCGAUCAAGUCUCAAGACUGAUUUUCACAACAGUACAACAGUAUCCAUGAGUAAACUUUAGUGUUAAUCCCUUUUCCGACUUGACCCAAGUUCUCACAUCAAAGUAGCAUUCUCGCAACGCUGAUCCGAUCGGAAGACAUAUUUCCACCACUCAGGGGCGAUUUUAGGGGUGGCCUUGGCGCGAUCUCUUGGCCAAGACGGAUAAAAUCACCACCACCAUGUCUGGAAGGAGGUCUCACGCCGCAAGCCAUCGUGUUUUUCUAGGCAGGGUUCCCCGCUGGGAUGGUAACCCAUUGAGCUUAUUCACCGUCAUGUCACGUCAUGACAACACUGGCCCUCUACUAUAAGAGCUUAAGCAAUCACCGCAAUUUACACAGGGCUGGUCGCUCACGACUAGUUUGAGACAUCACCCACAAAAUGCGGUUCAACCUUCUCUUACUGUUUGCUCCCUUAUCAGGGGCUCUUCCCCUCCUCCCCACCUCCCUCUUCGGCCUCGCCUCCUGGGACGUGGAAGGCUUCGCGAGAGAUAACCCCCUCGGCCCUACCACCGGCGGCAAAGGCGGUCCCACUGUCACCGUGUCCACCGUCGCAGACUUCAAAGCAGCAGUCACCGGUGAUGAACCAAAGAUUGUCCUCGUCAGUGGAGAACUAAACUUCCCUUCGAGGCCCAAAAUCGGAUCCAACAAGUCAGUGAUCGGGGUGGGCAAGACAGCGCAGAUAACCGGGUCAGGGUUGGAUAUCGUCAACGCGACGAAUGUGAUCAUCCAGAAUCUGAAGAUUAGUUUUAUUCUGGAUAACGACUGCAUCACGAUAAGAAACUCGACGAGGGUUUGGGUGGACCACAACGAGUUUACGAGCGAUAUCUCCAAGGGGCCAGAUGAAUACGACGGCCAGGUCGACAUCAUCCGCGGCUCCGACUGGAUCACCGUCUCGUGGAACUACUUCCACGACCACUGGAAGUCCUCCCUCGUCGGCAACGACGCCAACUUCCGUGACAUUGACUUUGGCCACCUGCACAUCACCUACCACCACAACCACUGGCGCAACGAGGGGACUCGCGGUCCGGCCGGACGGUUUGGUCAUCAGCACGUCUACAACAACUUGUAUGAGGACUUUUUGUACCAGGCUAUCCACUCGAGGUCGGACAACCAGGUGCUGGUGGAGGGGAAUGUCUUUAGGGGUAAGACGAGGGAGGCGUUGAGUACGUAUGGGUUGGUGAUCCCGGAUGAUUCGCCGAACACGUGUGUUUGUGGGGAUGAGGAGCUGGAUGGAUUUGCGAAUUUGGGGGCCAGAAACGACUGGGGCGGGGCGACGGUCAACAUCACGCAGGUGGGAGACUUUGUGAAGGCGCCGUACAAGUACAAGUUGACGCCGCUGCUGUUGGUGUCUCCGUUGGUGAAGUUUGGCGCGGGAGUAGGGAAGAUCUGA